AACGGUCUUUGAUCACUUGCUUCAUGCUCAUUCUAGGGCACUGUCUGUCUCCUCCGAAGAUCACAUUAAUCCUCCCUUCGGUAGAUGUAUGUUGUCUUUACAUUUUCUCCCUUUUACUUCCUGAACAUGCUGGAUUCAAUCAAUCAUCUUUGAUCCACCUGAUGGCCGAUCACGUUGAUUAAUUUAAUAAGGGCAGUUACUAAAACAAACAAGACUACAUGGAGUAUAUAGGGUCCUAAAACGAGCAACGAUAGAGGGCAGAGAGACCACUAAUGAUCAGGCUGACGGUUUUAUUUGAACACCGCUGUAUAAAAGGUAUUAUAACAAAGUAAAGACCUCAUCCUACUACACAUUAAUUUGCAUAUUGACCAUGUAUACACAUCUCCCUUGGGUUUUAAAGAGACAAGUCAUCUUGUGCCUUUUUUAUGUGCAGCCAUAAACAGGGGACGUAUGACCACCUCAUUACCUCAGCAGUAAAACUGCGAUGCGGAGCAAGCGGUGUCAGAGUCCAAAGACGGCUGCACCAACUCCCCCUGUGCGAGAGAUGCGUGUCUUGUGGUUUGAUUUUAGCCUCCAGCCUGGGACAGCUAAGAAACUGCGAGGGGUGUCGAACCUACGGCUUUGACGCUGGGGUAAGAAAACCAAAACAAACAUGCCCUCGGGGAAGACGGUCAAGCUGGUCGUCUUUGAGGCGCUGCAGUUCGCAGCCAUCUGUGCGCCGCUCUUCGUGGUCAUGGAGCGGUUCGCCGGCCUCAUGCGUGACCUGAACGGUGGGAACGACCGGACCGCGUACUGGCUGGUGGUGGCCGUGGCCAUCGCCUACGUCACCUCCGUGACCCUUCUGGUGUGGGCUCCGCUCAAGUACCUGAUACUGAGGCGUCGCAGGUUCAUCACCAAAAUCAAACAAUGGAGACCCGCAGCAUUGGCCUAUGUCAUACUGUGUCCAUUACCGUGUUUCGCUCUGCUGAUAGCCGCCUCCAAGGUACAGGUGGACGCCGGACAGAUACUAGAUCAUUUCACCGAGCUGCCCGUUUCCUUGGUGCUCCUCUGCCUCAUCUGUGUGGAUGUCGUCGAGAGGAUUCGCCCCUGUAGCCUCACAGGGAAAGCUGGCAGCAGUCCGGGCGCAGACUUCGACAUGCGGGGGCCCGUCCUCACCCACCUGGGGCAGGUGACCACCGUGACGGGCCGGCUCCCCCACCACCAGCCCCACCCCGACAUCCCCGACGUCCCCGACACCAUCAGCCAGAACGGCUCUACAGCCCCCCCUCCCACGGACACCACCAGUACCACCACCACCACCACCACCACCACCAACAUCAUCAACGGCACCCCUGCAGCGGGUGCGAGACGCUACAUCUCCCAGGACACCCGCCGGCCCUCGACGCCCGUCCGGACCUACCUGUACGCGCCGAGCCCCUGCCCGGGCCCGCUCCGCUUCCUGUGGUCCAGCGACCCGCGGUCCGAGGCGUUCGCCGACAGCUUCCUGUUCUGGCUGGACACGGCGGAGAUGCUUCGGGUGGCGGCGGAGCCCCGCGUCUUCUACUCGGCCUGGGCCGUCCCCGUCUUCGUCCUGGCCUUCCUGUCCACCCUGCGGCUGGCCGUGGACCCCGGGAACCCCCUGGGGACCUGGGCUGGGGUGGUGCUGCAGGACUUCCCCUUCCUGGUGCUGCGCCUUGCCCUGCUGGGCGCGGUGGGUGCGUACGUGACGCCCGUGCUGUACGUGGUGAAGAACCUGCUGGUCUGCCUGAGCUACGUGUACUUCACCUUCCUGACCAGGCUCUUGAAGAGACGCAGCAUGUUCUGAGGUUCAGGACGAAGAGCCAAAGACGAUUCAGUGACUGUGUGUGUGUGUGUGUGUGUGUGUGUGUGUGUGUGUGUGUGUGUGUGCGCACGUGUGCAUGCGUGUCCCUGGGCUUUGCAAAGCUGAUGAGUGACUAGUUAACCAAACAAUGUAAUUCACAUCCCCCUGACUUCUAUCCAA